UGCGCGGCUGCAACACAGGACGUAAACAAGUAGCGGGAGUUCCGCCGUCCGCGUGCAUCCGCCAAAGAGCGCAAGUCGGCGAGAGUCAAAGUUUAACGGCUGUAAGAGCGCGAGAAAGAUCGAUCACACCCGAUCAGCUUCUGUCACAAACUGACCAUCGCCUCCUCCUGUUGCUCCUCCCAUCAUGACACCUCCAUCAUCACGUGAGAAGAAGAGGAGGCGCGCAGAAGGCGAGGAGUCUCCUGCUCCCAUCGACAUAGACACUCCCGAGAGAGGAAAGGAGGAGGAGGAGGAACUGUUCAGUCCUCCCGCUGAAGAGGAACGGGUGAGCAGGAAGGAGAAGAAAAAGAAGAAAAAGAAGAGACGAGAGGAGGAGGAGGUGUUCAGCUCGCCUGCUGAAGAUGGACAGGUGAACGGGGAGGAGGAGGAAACCAGCGAGGGGAAGAAGAAGAAGAAGAAGAAGAAAAAGAAGAGAAGAGCGGAGGAAGAGGAGGUGUUCAGUUCUGCUUUUUCUUCUGCUGAAGAUGCACAUGUGAACAGGGAGAAGGAGGAGAAAGAGCAGAGGGGGGACAAACAGGAGGAAACCAGCGAGGCAGAGAGGAAGAAAGAGGAGGGUCCCUCUUCUCCUGGUCUGGGUGAACAGCUGAGCAGGAAGGAGAAGAAGAAAAAGAGAAAAAAGAGGAGAGAAGAGGAAGAACUGUUGGCUCCUCCCUCACCUCCUACUGGGGAUGAAAAGGUGAGCAGGGAGAAGAAAAGGAAGAAAAGACAGGAGGACAAAGAGCCAGAGAAGAGAAAGGAGGAGAAGAGCAGCGAGGGAGGAAAGAAGAAAAAGAAAGAGGAAAUGACAUCACAGGAAAGGGAGCCUUACAGCGAGACUAAACAAAAGAAGAAGGCGGCGUGCAUGGCGAGCGUAGCCACAGCAACAGCACAUGUGUCGGUUCAAACAGUCAAGAACAGGGUGAAGGAGGAGAGGAAAAGUGUGCAGGAAGUGACAUCAUGCAAUGGAGAGAAGGCGACGAAGAAUGUAAAUCCUGCAAAGAGGCAGAGAGGUGCAGCGGGGGGUCACGGGGAGGAGGAGAAGAAGAAGAGGAGAACGGAGGCGGCAGCUGAUCCUGAAGAGUUUGACCAUAAGUUGUUGGAGGAACUUCAGGAAUUUGUUCCUCAUGUGAAGAAGAAAUCUUCUUAUUGUCUGUCUGCAGCUGAGGGGAUUCCUCGGACAUGUGAUCAGGUUUACGUCAGAGCCAAGAAGAUUUUUGAUGAAAGGAAUAACAUGGGAAGGUUUUCUGAGGAUGAGCUAUGCUCUCUCACAAAGUUGCAGAAGCUCCACGGCAACGAAUGGAAGAGGAUCUCAGAGAAGAUGGACCGCAGCAUCUACUCGCUGGAGAAACGCUUUAACACCAUCGCUCAGGGUCGCGGUACCUGGACCGCAGAGGAAAAGUUCCGCCUUUGGCAGGCUGUCAGGGCUCACCUGGAGAUGCUGGUCCAGCAGAGCCCUGCAGGUCUGAGCAGAAACCAGCUGUGCAACAACCUGCCCUGGAAGAGGAUCAGCGAGCAGGUGGAGACCCGGUCCUGGAUCCAGUGUCGUCUCAAGUGGUUCUCCCUGCUGAAGUUUAAGCUGUCCUCAAAGGGAAGAGUGUUCAACCGAGGUGCCGAGGGGUACGCCGCAAAAAUCCAGCUCAUCAACACGCUCUAUAACAUGCAUGUGGACGACGCGGCGGACAUCGACUGGGACGAGGUGGCUGGAAUCAUCGGGUGAGGUCAAACUAGCAUUAAGUACACAAUAGACUGUAGUACAGGCAGUGUUGUGUGCACGAUCUGAUAUCCUCGUGUUGGUGUUGUUCCCAGAUCAUCAUACUAAAGGU